UUCUUGGCAGUUUGCUCUUCAUCGACUCACCUCUUCGGACUUCCAGAGGCUUUGCCAAUGUGCCAUAUAAAAAUCAUGGGUCGUUAUGUGUCGGCACGCAAACUCACAGGUUUCAACAUAAAACGGUCGAAACCUAAUGUUAACUGGAUGGCGUCGAUUCCAUUUCCUGGACAUGGGAGCGACAAGACUGAGCGCGUAGACUGGGGAGAACGGAAAACUAACGUUGACUCCAAGAAAAUUUUGGCUACCAAUGAGAAAAUGACAACGGAAGAGACCACGUUAAACAUGAUGGUAGCGGCCUGCCAAAUACCAAGAUCCCUACCAGUAGUGCGCUACCGGAGAAGGCGGCAGUGUUAGUCGGCCACGACUCUGGACAGGUGCAAUUUGAUCGCCUCAAGACCAACUCAAGACAGCCCCCCUUGUUCGACGGAAUCGCACUGGCAAGCACACGGUCAUGUUGGUCUUCAGGAUCUGAGGGGAAAUUGUCCGCGAAGUUGGGAUAGGUUACAUUCAAGUCUUGAACCUCCCCUGAGUCAUCACCGUAUGAAUUACUUUCCCCUUGGUGGCAACUUGGUGGGGCACGACGCUGUUCUGUAUCGUAACAGCGUAAAGGUCAGGUUUUGUCACCUUUUCCACCGAAAUGACCCGAGGGUCAUGGCAGUGUCGGGUCUUUUGGCCACAGUGGCACAGAAGCCACAUCGUACAAACUACAAUGGUCCUAGAAUUCGGCACGUGGAGAUCACACAACAGCUUUCGAAGAUAAAAGAUUCAUUCACUUCUCAAACAACCUCGUUUUCCCCCCU